CAACACCGCUACAAAUUUUUCUGCUCUUGGGGAAGAUUUCUUCUCUUCUUUGAAUGCAGAAGCUAUGUUGUAGUGAUUGAACAAGACAUUAUCUUUCGUUUUGCUUUUCUCACAAGGUUAAAACUUCUAUCGAAACCUAUUUCUCUUAUUCUUUCUUGUUAUCAUUUAUAAGUUCUUUGUUGCAUAAUUUGGGUACAGUCAUCUUCUCUACCAAAAUAGUAAAAUUCUGAACUUUUUUAUGAAUGCUACGUAAUUGUUUUGCUGAAUUUUAUUUAGCAAAUAAUUGAGAAAAAUCAUAGCAUUUCAAACUCAAUAUGUAGUGCCGAAAGAGCUGAAAUACAUGAAAGAGUACCAGCUAUAUGUAAAAGAUCUGUAAUAUGUGAAAAUCACAGUUGUGGAUUGUCCUCUUCCAUUUAUUAGCCCUUCUCUCUUUAUGUUGAUAAUGAAAUCUUAGUUUGGCUUCUUUCCAAACAUUUGUUGGGUUAAUUUGUUUCUCUUUAUGUACUUGAAAAUUAUAAAUUUUUACUCAAAGAUUCCUUUUUCUAAUUGUAAUUUUUUAUAUAUUAAUUCUUUUCAUUUUUGUAAUGGCAAAAUUAGGUUUUCUUAUGGAUCAUCAACUAUUGUCCGAUAUUGAAUGCGUUAUUAUCCUUGAGAAGAUAUUGUGCCAACAAUUUCCUAUUGUGUUUAUAUUUCUUUUAAUGACUAUUUAUGGUCAUUCUAUAAGAAGACAACAUAGAAAUAGGGGUGUGAUUAGGUACCGUAUGACUGUUAGAAUUCCUAAAAUUAUGUCUCAUUUGAAUUGUGUCAUAUAUGACAGUGAUAUUGCAUAUAUUGAUAAGUUAAGAAUGGAUAAAAAUUCCUUUCACACUUUAGUUCUCUUAAUUAAGAAAAUUGGAGGUUUAACUGAUAGUAAAAAUAUGUCAAGUAGUGAAAAGUUAGCAAUGUUCUUAAAUAUCUUAGCUCAUCAUGAGAAGAAUGGAUCAAUUAAGGUUGACUAUGUUAGAUCGGGUUGGAGCGUAAGUCAAGCUUUCAAUGAAUACUUGAGAUUUGUUCUCAGACUAGCUCCAUUGUUACUUGUUAAUCCUAAACCGUUGCUUGAAGAUGAGAUUGAAGAUCAAUGGAGAUGGGUUAAGGAGGUGCACUUAUGGUACUUUCAUUCAAAUUAGAGUUCCAUCCAAGCCAAACCAAGAUACAGAACAAGAAAGGGAGAAAUAGCAACUAAUGUACUGGAAAUUUGUGAUAGAAAUCUUAAUUUUACUUAUGUAUUACCUAAUUGGGAAGGAUCAACUGUCGAUGGUCGUGUAUUACGAGAUGCUAUAAUGCGAAUGAAUGGUUUGAAAAUCCCUGAGGGUAUGUCAUACAUAUUCUUAUACACUCAAGUUAUAUCACAAAAAGAAUGCUACAUAAAAGUAACUAAAUUUUAUGUUUAUAUGAUAGGAAAUUAUUAUUUGUGCGAUGGAGGAAUAUACAAAUAGAAAUAAUUUUCUUUCACCUUACAGAGGGUAUAGAUAUUGUUAAGGGAUUGGCAAGGUGACAAUCCUCCACCUCGAUAUCGAGAAAGCUUUUUAAUAUGAAUCAUGCUAGGGCUCGUAAUGUUAUCGAAAGAGCAUUUGGUCUCUUGAAAGAGCGUUGGGGAAUUCUUAGAAGCUCUUCGUGGUACUCAGUUAAGGUUCAUAACAGGAUCAUUAGUGCUUGUUGUUUGAUGCACACCUUUAUUCGUAGAGAGAUGGAAGUGGUUCCCUUAGAUAUUGAUAUGGAAGAACAAGUGGAGUAUCAAUAUGACAACAUUAAUUUUGUUGAAUCAUCUCAGGAGUGGACCACUUGGAAGGAUGAGUUGGCUCAACCAAUGUGGAAUGCAAGUCUGAAGAAUUGAUCGUUUCAAAAUAUUCCAUGCUUGUAUUAUAUUUUGUGGUGUUUGGGUAUUUUUCUCUUUAGUUUUUUGUAUGAUUGUAAGGUGUAUCAACUUUCAGUUUUUUGUGAUUAUAAGAAAUAGUUACUUACUUUAA